AUGAAUGGGGAGAGGUUGGAGGUUGGGUGAUAAGAUUUUUUGCGGAGAUCUCGGUGUAAUGUCCCUGGCACAUAGUUCCUCACGGGCAUCGAAACGUUCGUGGACAGCAGUUUUCAACUCAGGUGCAGCUCAAACAGCCAAAACUUGACGCUGACCGACCGAAAUUCACGCCGUUUUUGAUGAUUUCUCCAGGUUUGGUUUUAUGGUAAUAAGUUUCCGCUUCAUUGACUCAAUCUACUAACUUUUUUUUUAUCUCGGAAAUGAAUUACUCAUCUGCAAAUGUGAAAAGUGUUUGCAAACACUAAGCUUUUUUGAGGUGGGAAUGUACAAAAAAUAAAUUUUACUUUGAGAUGGUUGAGAUUGAACAAGAAAAAAUCGAAUAUUUUUUUUGAGUUCCUCGAAAUUUUCUCGGUUAUAUCUACAUUUUUUUUUUUAACACGUUUAACACCACGGAUGGAACUUUUUCGCAAGAAUACCAGUCAACCAGGACGACAAAACUGGAUGACCGAUUGCAUAAGACCUCCUGGAAAACGUGUGGUCCACGCUUCGAUCAAUAAAAGGCACUAAAAGGCAAUAAAAGGUCGAGAGCGAAGAUGGACCAUCUAAGUAUCUAAGUAAGUAAGUAUAUCUACAUUAAGGCUAAACUUUUAGAUUUGAAACUUCUCGUUAUUAUCUAUUUUUAAGCUAUAACAAAAUUAAUCAGAAAAUGGUCGCCAAUCCGAUUCACUCGAAAAAAAAAUCUUGCAAUCUUGAAAGAAGUGUGUUUCAAUAUGGAGUCGUAAAUUGAAACUUUCGUCUUGUAAUCUGUUUUUCAGACGUGCAAGAGUUUCUCCUCCACAACCAGAACGCGAUUUUGUCCUUUUUCAAAUCCAUCGAUGACCAGAAAUCAUCAGUGAGUUUUUGUCUUUUAUUUACGAGUAAUGACAUAGGUUUCUUUCUCAUUUAUAGGAAGAAUGCUCCUCAACCAGUUGCCCAAACUCUGACACUAAAUCGACCGUCACACUGGGGGAAAGAAGGUUUGCUAAAUUUUUGGAAAAAAGAUUUUUCUCUACUAUUGCCAUUUCUUUUGAUAUAGAAGGAUUUUUAAGGGUUGCUUUUAAAAAUGCUUGAAAAUUUGACGUGAGAUUUUUUAUAACUCAACUUCAAUUUCACAAACUCCCCGUUUCAAUAAAAACCAUCCAGAACUAGUUGAUGGGUUCUUCGGAAGUUUCAAGCUUUUUAACUCUUGAACUUCAAAAAAUUCAACCAUUUGAAAUUUUGAAUCUUUUAUUGAGUUAGUUGAAAUUUAUCUCAAAAUCAAGGUUUUUCACUUUUGCAGUUUUUUUUCGUGGUUGCAGUAAAAUUUAGUUUAACGGAUAAGUUUCUCAAAACUGUCGAUAUGCGCAUUUUUCGAGAAACAAGGGCUUGGUCUGGCUCUUUCAGAAAAUUUUCAACCCCAAAAGAAAUGACCUUUCUUCCAUGGAUAGGGAGAAACGACUUUGCUUGCAAGAAUAUAGCUUGGAAAGCGCCGCAAUUCAUUUUCCCGGAGUCAAGUUGGGAAGCUAUUUUUGGAAAAUUUCCUUUUUCUCAUGCACUAAAAGAUAACUCUAACUUCAGAGCAGGAGUAGAAAAUGAAUUUUUUUUUCUCAGUCCCAUAAAAAAAUGCACCUAGAAAUAAUUUUGCUUUUUAUAAUCAGAUAGGUGUCAUUUCAAGGUCCAGGGAAGAUUCAAGAGAGAGGAAAAACGAACAACGAAGUGAGUCUAGCUCACCGCAAAGGGACCUUCUAAAAUGCGAACGGAGGUUUUACCAGCUUUCGCGUCCCAUUAAUUCGUCGGCUACGCAUAAAAGGUUACGUCUUUUAUUGCCUAUUUGCAAGAAUAACGAAUCAAAUGUCUCUCAAGUAAUGGGAAAAAUACUUGACAAAUCUGUUUUAAUCUUGUCUUCCCAUUACAGUAUUCCUUCAUUCUGGAUAAAUUUUUCACGAAAGGAAAUUUCAGGCGAAGUGCUAUUCGAAGAACGGAAAGAAUUACACCAAGCAGGUUUUUUUCCAAUUAUCCCAACACAAUGUUUAUUACCUUCAUUUUUCAGAUGUGUUGGAGUUUUUGGUAUGAGCCAAUACACAGACGAACGGGACUUGUACGCAAUUUUCCGCGAAUUCGGUCGUAUAGAAAAGGUGAGAGAAUAUAAAUCCACAUUUAAUUUGAGAAAAAGUUUUCGCAAAUGGAAGGAGAAAUUAAUAUACAAAUCAGAUUUUUUGUAAAGAAAACAUCCCUCUGAUUGCGAGAGCGAGAGAAAUUUUUCUCGAAACAAUCAUUGAAGCUUCAAAUGAAUUGCAUGCGGAAUUGAAGCAUCAAGAAUGAUUUUAGCCAGUAGGGCGCAGAAUGAUAUAAUAUUAGCUUUCAGAAAGCUCUUGAAACUAUUUUUUCGAUUUUCAAAAAUCAAUGUUGUUUUAAGUUGCACAUGAUUGAUUCCAUUCAGGUAAACGUCAUACGGGAUCACAGUAAUCAGCGUAGCCGAGGCUUCGGUUUUGUCUACAUGCGAGCAACUUCGGAGGCUCAGCGGGUAAAUUAAUCAAGUUUUUCUUUGAAAUUAGAAGUUGUUGGCCCUGCACUUAUUCUCGUUGACCAAAUUAAGCUGUGGUUGUGACACGAGCAAAGAGGUCGUCUUUCUCUAUUUUCUGUCUAAUCUUCGGUUGCUUUGCAGGCCAUUGAAGCUCUGGCCAACGCCAUCAUCGACGGGCAUCGCGUUCGCGUCGACUUUGCUUCAAGCACUCAUUCACGUCGAUGA